AUGGAACUUGAAGAUAAUCGCACAAUCCUUAGUGAUUUUGUGAUUGUUGGAUUUACAACAGAUCCAUUUCUACGCACAAUAUUCUUUGUGGUAUUCUUGACUUCAUACAUCCUAACAUUGACUGGGAAUUUAGGCCUUAUGACACUGAUCUACCUGGACUCCCGCUUGCACACACCCAUGUACUUCUUUGUGGGUAGCCUUUCUUUCCUGGAUGUCUGGUACUCCUCAGUCUACACUCCUCGGAUCUUGUAUGACUGUGUAUCCAAGAACAACCACAUUUCCUUAGCCGGUUGUGCAGCCCAGUUCUUUUUCUCUGCUGGAUUGGGCUGGAGUGAAUGCUUCCUACUGGCCUUCAUGGCCUAUGACCGCUUUGUGGCCAUCUGCAACCCACUCCUUUAUGCCAUUGCCAUGCCCAAGAAGCUGUGCAUCCAGCUGGUGGUAGGAGCCUACAUAGUUGGAUUUGCCAAUGCAAUUGUACAUACCGGUAACACUUUCCGUCUACGCUUCUGUGGUAGUAAUAUUAUCAACCACUAUUUUUGUGAUGAGCCACCACUUGUGAAGAUGUCUUGUGAUGAUACAAGAGAAUAUGAGCUCAUCUUGACUGCUGUCAUUUGUUUCAAUCUGCUGGCAGCCACUGCUGUCAUCAUGAAGUCCUAUGUUGGUAUUGUGGUAGCCAUUAUUCGCAUACGUUCGGCUGCAGGGAGACGCAAAGCUUUCUCCACUUGCUCAGCUCACCUGGUCUCUGUCUCUCUUUUCUAUGGCUCCAUGCUUAUCAUAUACUCCACCCCUAAGUCUUAUCACACUCCAAAUUGGGACAAGACAAAUGCAUUGUUCUACACGGUAGUCAACCCUCUGGUCAACCCUUUGAUUUACAGCUUACGGAACAAAGAUGUGAAGGCAGCCUUCAAGAAAGUCUGGGAGAAAUUCACAGCACACAAAUGA